AUGCCACAGAGGAAACAGAUCUCUUGGAGGAAUUUGCUGGUCGGAGCUGGCAUGAACAUAUUCCAAGUCACCUCGCUGGGACAGCCGAUGGAAAACAUGAAAACAUAUGUAUCAGCGAACCGCAACGCGACUCUUGGAGAAGCAGGGCGUGCCUUACUCGCUCGUGGCCUAAUUCGUGGCUUCUACCAAGGGCUCAUACCUUGGGCGUGGCUCGAAGCUUCAACCAAAGGCGCAAUCCUGAUACUCACAUCGACCGAGGUCUCAUACCAUUCAACGCACUCUUUUGGUUUGGGCCCAGCGGUAGGAGCGACACUAGGUGGUGUAGCCGGCGGCGCUGCCCAGUCAUACUUGACAAUGGGUAUGACCACUUGCAUGAAAACAGUCGAAGUCACAAGGAGCAAGACCGCGAUGGCAGGAGGCAAAGUCCCAGGUACGCUGGAGACUUUCUUUGGCAUUAUACGUACGCAAGGCAUCCGGGGCGUGAACAAGGGCGUCAAUGCAGUUGCUCUGCGACAAAUCACUGGUUGGGCUAGUCGAAUGGGCAUAUCCAAAGCAGCAGAGAUACCGAUACGGAAAUUGCGGGGCAAGUCGGAGAGCGACAAGCUGGUGAUAGGCGAGAAGAUCGUAGCGUCAACCAUCGGUGGCGCUUUGAGCUGCUGGAACCAGCCAUUUGAGGUUAUCCGAGUCGAUAUGCAGGCAGUGAAAGCAACUCAGUCUGCAACAAAACCUACAAUGCUUUCAACAGCACGAUUGAUCUGGCAGGAUAAUGGCUUGCGUGGAUUCUUUCGGGGUGUUGUUCCGCGUAUUGGAGUUGCUUCCUGGGCUACAAUCUGUAUGGUCGGCCUAGGCGAUACCGUACGAGAGUGUUUCGCAAGAUAGACG